UACAGUACGUGCGCCUGUCAUCUCAAUGUGACCUGCGGACGCCAUACCACCGUGAUCGCACCGCACGGCAACAUCUCCGAGCUGGAGCGCGCGCGCGCGUGGCGCACGCUGCUUAUCAGAGGAGAGACUCUCACCGCCCCGCGCAAAAGUCACUUUGAGCUCGAGCCAGGCGACUGCCACUGAAGACGUCAAGAUGGCUGAGGACAUUAAGGCCAAACUUGAGAAUUAUCGCACUGCCCCCUUCGACGCCAGAUUUCCCAACCAGAACCAGACCAGGAACUGCUGGGCCAACUACCUGGACUAUCACCGCUGCCAGAAAGCUCUGGAUGCUAAGGGAGUGGACACUGCCCCAUGUGACUGGUACAAAAGGGUCUACAAAUCACUCUGCCCCAUUUCCUGGAUCCAGAAAUGGGACGACCAAAGAGAACAGGGAACCUUUCCCGGAAAGAUCUAAUGAUGCCAUCUCAAAAGCUGUAAUCUCUUUAGCUGAAUGUUUGUUGUAGUGGUGGAGGACCACGUGGCUCCAUCACCACCUUUUCCAGUGCUGAUGCUCUGUCCUAGGAGCACUCUGUAAACAACUGGUCAUUCCUUGUAAAUGUGAUGAAAUGUAGAAUCUGCAUUAAAGUGUCUCGGGAUAUAUUUAAGUA